AGUAAGCAGGCACAGACGCUGGCGGCCACCAGAAGUUUGAGCCUCUUUGGUAGCAGGAGGCUGGAAGAAAGGACAGAAGUGGCUCUGGCUGUGAUGGGGAUCUUACUGGGCCUGCUACUCCUGGGGCACCUAACAGUGGACACUUAUGGCCGUCCCAUCCUGGAAGUGCCAGAGAGCGUAACAGGACCUUGGAAAGGGGAUGUGAAUAUUCCCUGCACCUAUGACCCCCAGCAAGGCUACACCCAAGUCUUGGUGAAGUGGCUGGUACAACGUGGCUCAGACCCUGUCACCAUCUUUCUACGUGACUCUUCUGGAGACCAUAUCCAGCAGGCAAAGUACCAGGGCCGCCUGCAUGUGAGCCACAAGGUUCCAGGAGAUGUAUCCCUCCAAUUGAGCACCCUGGAGAUGGAUGACCGGAGCCACUACACGUGUGAAGUCACCUGGCAGACUCCUGAUGGCAACCAAGUUGUGAGAGAUAAGAUUACUGAGCUCCGUGUCCAGAAACUCUCUGUCUCCAAGCCCACAGUGACAACUGGCAGUGGUUAUGGCUUCACGGUGCCCCAGGGAAUGAGGAUUAGCCUUCAAUGCCAGGCUCGGGGUUCUCCUCCCAUCAGUUAUAUUUGGUAUAAGCAACAGACUAAUAACCAGGAACCUAUCAAAGUAGCAACCUUAAGUACCUUACUCUUCAAGCCUGCAGUGGUAGCUGACUCGGGCUCCUAUUUCUGCACUGCCAAGGGCCAGGUUGGCUCUGAGCAGCACAGCGACAUUGUGAAGUUUGUGGUCAAAGACUCCUCAAAGCUACUCAAGACCAAGACUGAGGCACCUACAACCAUGACAUACCCCUUGAAAGCAAUAUCUACAGUAAAGCAAUCCUGGGACUGGACCACUGACAUGGGCCAGGAAAGAGCCUGCCUGUCUUUGCUAUCAUCCUCAUCAUCUCCCUGUGCUGUAUGGUGGUUUUUACUAUGGCCUAUAUCGUGCUCUGUCGGAAGAUGUCCCAACAAGAGCAUGUCUAUGAAGCGGCCAGAAUCCCUGGGUGGCAGGAUCCUGAGAAUUAAUUGGCAAGAAUUGAGGCAGAAGGGUGGGAAACCAGGACCACAGCCCCAAGCCCCUUCUUAUGGGUGGUGAGCUCUUGGACCAUAGGGCGCAUGCCAGAGAGGCCAACGACUCUGGAGAAACCAUGAGGGUGGCUAUCUUCGCAAGUGGCUGCUCCAGUGAUGAGCCAACUUCCCAGAAUCUGGGCAACAACUACUCUGAUGAGCCCUGCAUAGGACAGGAGUACCAGAUCACCGCCCAGAUCAAUGGCGACUACGCCCGCCUGCUGGACACAGUUCCUCUGGAUUAUGAGUUUCUGGCCACUGAGGGAAAGAAUGUCUGUUAAAAAUGCCCCAUUAGGCCAGGAUCUGCUGACAUAAUUGCCUAUUCAGUCCUUGCCUUCUGCAUGGCCUUCUUCCCUGCUACCUCUCUUCCUGGAUAGCCCAAAGUGUCUGCCCUGCCAACACCGGGGCCCCUGGGAGUCACUGGCUUUGCCUUAGAAUUUGCCAGAUGCAUCUCAAGUAAGCCAGUUGCUGGAUUUGGCCCUGGGCCCUUCUAGUAUCUCUGCCAGGGGCUUCUGGUAGUCCUCUCUAAAUACCAGAGGGAAGAUGCCCAUAGCACUAGGACUUGGUCAUCAUGCCUACAGACACUAUUCAACUUUGGCAUCUUGCCACCAGAAGACCAGAGGGAGGCUCAGCUCUGCCAGCUCAGAGGACCAGCUAUAUCCAGGAUCAUUUCUCUUUCUUCAGGGCCAGACAGCUUUUAAUUGAAAUUGUCAUUUCACAGACUAGGGUUCAGUUCUACUCCUACACUGUAAGUCUAAUGUUCUGACUCUUUCCUGGUGUUCAAUAAAUAUCUAAUCAUAACAGCAA